AUGGCUGCCACCCGCCCUCACCCACUCGACCCUCUGACACCCGAGGAGAUUUCUAGGGCAUCUGUCAGACCGCACUUUGGUGGCCAGGAGCUCAACUUCCGUUUCGUCAACCUGCUCGAGCCCCCCAAGAAGCAGAUGGUGGUAUUCCUAGACCAGGAGCACCAAGGCUUGCCAAUCACUGACUUUCCAACUCGAAACGCUCACAUCCAAGUCGUUGCCAAGGGAAGCAGCGGUGAAAAUCAGCUGUUUGAGCUCAUUGUGGACCUUGACCAGGACAAGGUCGUCGAGAAGCAGCACCACAAGGGGAAGCACUCAUACAUUGACUCGGCUUACAUGCAGGCGGUUGAGAAGGCGUGUUUGAAAGAUGAGAAUGUCCAGGCCGAGAUUCGCUCACUCGAUUUGCCGCCCGAGGCGACGGUUGUCGUCGAGGCUUGGGCAUACGCAACAGAUGGCAUGAACGACAUGACUGAGCGACUGACCAUGUGCUGGUUCUACAUGCGCCUUCUGGAAAGUCCAGACGCAAACUACUACGCCUAUCCCCUUGACGUCUGCGCCGAAGUCUCCGAGACUCUGCACGUCACCAAGAUCUACCGCCUUCCCACCACACCCAGCGAGAAGAUCAACCAGGAGAAGCGACCCUACGACCGCCGCAAGAUCCAUCCCGCCACCGCCAGCGAGUACCACCCUUCCCUCCGUCCCGCCCCCCGCACCACCACCCAGCCGUACCAGGUCGUCCAGCCCGCCGGCCCCUCCUUCCGCAUCUCCGGCCGGCUCAUCACCUGGGAGGGCUGGUCCCUCCGCGUCGGCUUCAACCACCGCGAGGGCCUCGUGCUGCACGACGUGCGCCACGCCGACCGCGCCCUCUUCCACCGGCUCUCCCUCGGCGAGAUGUUCGUGCCCUACGGCGACCCGCGCGCGCCCUACCCGCGCAAGGCCGCCUUCGACCUCGGCAACGACGGCGCCGGCGUCAACGCCAACGACCUGCGCCUCGGCUGCGACUGCCUCGGCACCAUCGCGUACUUUGACGCGCACCACUGCGAGCCGGCGACGGGGGAGCCGGUACGGCUGCGCAACGUGGUGUGCGUGCAUGAGCAGGAUGACGGGGUGCUGUGGAAGCAUACCAACUUCCGCACGGGGAGGGCGGUGGUGGCGAGGGCGAGGGUGCUGGUGCUGCAGACGAUCAUCACGGUGAGCAACUACGAGUACGUGUUUGCGUGGCACCUGGGACAGGACGCGGCGAUGGCCUUCGAGGUGCGCGCGACGGGCAUCCUCUCGACGGCGCCGACGGCCCUGGACGGGACGGAGAGGACGCGGUACGGUACGGUAGUGGCGCCGGGGGUGCUGGCGCCGUACCAUCAGCACCUGUUUUGCCUGCGCAUCGACCCGGCCGUCGACGGCCACCGCAACUCCCUCGUCGUGGAGGAGUCGCACGCCCUGCCCCUCGACGACGCCAACCCGUUCGGCGUCGGGUACGUCACGCGGCAGACGACGGUCGAGGAGGAGGGCGGCUUCGACCUCGACUUUACCAAGAACCGCACCUUUACGAUGGUGAAUGAGGGCCAGGUGAACCCGGUGACGGGCACGCCGGUCGGGUACAGGCUGGUGCCGUUCUACAGCCAGCCGCUGCUGGCGCACGCGUCGUCGUUUCACGCGCGGCGGUCCGAGUUCGCGGCGCACGCGGUCUGGGUCACGCGGCACCGCGACGGGGAGCACUUUCCGGCGGGGCGGUUCACGAUGCAGUCGACAGGCGGCGACGGACUGGCCACGGGCAUCGCCGCGCGUAAGGGGGCAGCCGGGGGGGAGGGGGAGUCGGUCCGCGAUGAGGAUAUUGUCGUGUGGCACGCGUUUGGGUCGACGCACAACCCGCGCGUGGAGGACUGGCCGGUGAUGCCGAGCGAGAAGAUGACGGUGGGAUUGAAGCCGGUCAACUUCUUCUCGGGCAAUCCUGCGUUGGACGUGGCUCCGGCCAGGCAGGAGGUUAACAAAAGCGUGUUGUAUACGGGGGAGGACUCGAACGAGGACUGUUGUCUACCCCAAGCAUAA